UUGCAGUUGACAUUUCUCAACACUAGUGAUGCCCCUGGUUUGGGGGUGGUGGAGACGAAGCAGAUGAGAGCUCACAUCACCAAGACGAAUUUUGCUAGGCGAAGACAGAGGCUUGCCAAGGAAAGACAGCGAAAGAAGCUCCAAGAGAUCCAUGAAAGAGAUUUGGUAGCUCGGUCGGAGAAACCCAUGUCUGGCAAUGAAGCCACCCCCCAAGUACCGACAGCACCCCUCUUGGACCCCGGCUCCGACAUGCUAUUGUCAACACGCUCUAGAGACCCCCAUAAUUCGAUUAGCUACCUGCUCUAUGAGUUCCGACCCAUCGUCUUCCCGGCUGGCUACGGCUACCCCGGUUCCGAGAGGGAGACGGUCUGGGUCGAUCAACUACUUGCCGAGCCCGCUCUCAUCGAGGCGUCCAUGGCUAUUGGCCUCAAGUACACACCCAGGCAUAGAAGCCCAUGGACGUCCCGAGAAGCCGAUAUACGAAAGUGUAUGGCUAUUAGCAUGAUCAACAAACGACUCGACACUGCCGCUGGUUUGUCGGACGGCAUGCUCGGGGCUGUGUUCACGUUGGCUUUUGCUGAGCGGCUUGCAAGUGAUGAAAGAGCGUUGGACGUGCAUAUCCAGGGUUUGGCUCAGAUGAUCAGACUGAGACGGGCAGCGGGAAUUACUCGAGUUCCAUCAUGGUUCUCCGACUUUCUCAUCUACGACUCGAUCGGUCAAGCAAUCACGUCCACCAACGGCUCCCACGAAAAACUUAUGCAAGCCCUGCGGAACGAGGAUAACCCAACGUCUCUAGACGUUUCCAGAAUAACCAGCGGCAUAUCGCAGCUCCGCAAAGCACUUGACGAGUUUAAUGCAACAAGAGUUCCGUCGAAAAACGAAAUUCUCAGUAUUGAACAUCAGGUCGACUGCUUGCAGCUUGAAGUGGAGGUUGUGUUGGGAAGUGAUGACCACUACAUCCGCACUCUGCGUUUUGCUUUGCAGCUAUUUUUGUUGCUUUCUUGGUUAUCGAGGCCUGACACGGAUUUUGGUGUUCUUGCCGAGGAACUGAGGCAGUCUCUGGCACAGCCUCAUAUCAGAUUGUGUUCCUCGGUCGAGCCAACUAUCUGGCAGUUUUUUGUUGGGGCUGUUGCAGCGGAAAAGUCGAUGGAGACUCGAACGUGGUACAUUGACAGAUUGCAGAGGGUUUUUGACUCGAUGCAAGUGACGAAAUGGACCGAAGUGGUUCAGCUUCUUGAUAGGACAUUCAUGCCCGACAUGGGACUAUUGGAGAGAUUCAAGCUCGUGUGGCAGGAAAUCGGUUACGUAGGACAGGGGGAACAUUGA